GCAACAGUCCAAACAUUCAAUAAUGUAGCAGCAGUGAAACGCAGGCUACAUAUUCAGGCAAACGCUAAUAAUUUAUGUUUAUCGAAUAGUUUACAAGGAGUUGUAUAGUUGUUCCUGUUUGGGGAUAUAACGUUAACUAUAUAGCGUUAUAUUUAAAAAAAGGUAAAAGUAGAUUAGUUCAAUUCUGAAUGGAGUGUCUUGGAGUAUCAUCCGCUCAGCACCUGCAGGCUCUCUCUACCUUGUUAUCAACUCAGCAGGAUGAUGAUGGUGAUGAAGACUGUAAAAAUGUGACUGCUUGUGCAGGACUGGGUCCUGGACACAUCGGCCCCCCACCCAAAAGAGAUAAAGAAGUGUCAACUGUCUAUGAGAAGAAGAACAGCAAAGAUAUAUGGAGCGAGGAGGAGGUGGCUGAGGGCUCCCAGUAUGAUGAUCUUGCUGACCCGCGGCCACAACCUGAGUAUGAAAUAAUCCUGAAGCAGAGUGUAGGAACAGAGGAUCUGUUCUUGGGCUUGAACAGAAAGGACCCAUCCUCCAUGUGUUGUGAAGCCAUGCUGGUGAAAAUCAAACUACCAGACACUGAAGCAACAGAUGUAGUCCUGGAUGUAAAAGAAAAGUUCCUUGAUCUACGGACGCCAAAAUAUAAACUGGGUCUUCAUCUCCCACAUCCGACCCACAGCCACGGGGGAAAGGCUCAGUUCUUCAGUGAGAGGGGGGAACUGGAGGUGACUCUGCUCAUCAAACGUCCCAUGGAUUUUAUCAACAUGCAAUGAGAAACACUGACUACAGCCAACGACUAUUCAAAAGACAUGGAGUAGUUGUUUCUACAUGUCUUGUCUGAUUCCAUGAGUAUUAAAAUAUGUUUUUUUCA